AUGCACUGCACCAAUAUCGGUUUUUCAAAAUCAAAUAAAUAUAUUUUUCAUCUAGCAACAUCAAUUAAAUUUGACAUUUAUUUGUCUGACGUGUAUAUUUUGCGAAAAAUAAUAUCGUGUAUUUAAUUAAUAAAAGGCGUAAUACUCCUAUUCAAACCGACACCAUGAUCAGCGACAUCCAAUUAGCCGUGUUCUCGAACGUGCUGGGAGUCUCAAUUUUCUUAUUGGUGAUCCUCUACCACUACAUCAAUGCUAACAGUUCCAAAUAGAUGUAGGCGUGGCAGCCCCUCCCAACAUAAUUUACUAAUAAUGUUAAUACAUAAGAAUUAUUUGUAAA